UGUCUGCCCCAGCAAACCCUGCCCCAGCAAACCUUAGGUGCUGGUGGUUCCUCCCUACAGCUUCUAAUAUGCAAGCAAUUAAUGGAACAAUGUCACCUCUUGCACCUUUUCAUUUGGCUUCCUCCUAUAUAGCUUGCCAACUUGUUCCGUACUGUUAGCACUAUCCAUCCCCACCAUUACGGGUAUUAUUCGAUUCUCCUUCUAUAUAAAGAGGACCGUUGCCCUACUCUUUGAUGCACAAACACAAACAGCCAGGCACCGAGCGGUGGCCGUUACUUGCCCCUAUAUCUCUCUUGAAGUGUUUUCUCUUGCUGAGCAAAGCGAACAAGAGGGAGGAAAAUAAUGAGUUCAUCGUGGACAGAUGAUCAGAACAAGCUGUUUGAGAGUUUGCUGGCAAUAUAUGACAAGGACACACCAGAUCGCUGGCAGAAGAUUGCACGGGCAGUUGGCGGUGGAAAGUCAGUUGAGGAUGUGAAGAGGCACUACCACAAGCUGCAGACGGACCUGCAGGAUAUUGAAUCUACAGGAGGCUGUCCAGGAUCCAACCGCAGCAGCUCUGGUGGUAGCAGUAGCAACGGCAGUUCAUGUGGCAAGGCCAAUGAUGACAAGAGGUAGAUACACUAUAAAUGAUCAGCACAGCAGAUCCUGGCUCGCAACACCAUUCAUUCGAAGUGGAUAAUUACAGCUACUAUCUAAUCCAAUUUGGUUUCAGUUUAAACAUUUGUCAUCUUGGGAAAGAUUGAAUAUUCAUGGACUCCAGUACUAUCUUGAGAAAGGGCCUAACUACAUAAUACAAGCUCCUAGGAGUUAGUCUUUGUUUGUCUGAAAAUUCUUUUCUGCAAGUAACAACAUCUAGUACAUUUGUGCUGUUGCCACUAGUCUGUUGUAAAAUAGAGCAACCAAAUCAUGUUUAUCUGUGAAACAAAUAAGCAAGUUUAGAGCGCCAAUCUGAGGUAUUCUUUUC